CCACCCUCAGAUUCAAUAACCAAAGCUACUAAUCCGCCACAAGAAUCUUCCAAUGACCUGCUACCAUUUGGUAAGAAUGAGAAGCCCAGAUCUCGCCCCGUCUCACCAAUGAAAGCAGCUACACAAUCUUUGUCUGUAGCAGAGAAUUCUAGAUCAUUGAAUAAUCUGCAAUCCCAGCUGCUGGAUAGGUGGCCUGCAGGGAGAACAGUUAGGAAAGUAACUUCUGAUUCUUUAAGCAGAGGUACUAGUACAAUUGAUAGAAAUAGUGGACUUGCCAAUCCACUGCAGAAAUCUCCCAGUGACAUGUUAUCUGUAUUGCCACCAUCUGAAGGUGUGAAAGGAAGUUUUAAGUUUCAUUCAGUUGAUGAUAAUUCAGUAUCAAUAGAGAGGGCUGUAUCUCGUCCUACCACACCAUAUAAAGAAUCUACGGCAUCUGCUUCCUCCAUAUCAAAGAAUCCUAGUUCAGUAGAUAGUUUAAAUUCUCAAUUGCUGGAUCAGUAUAGGUGGCCAAGUACAACAGCUGAGAAAACAUCAUCAAAUACUGAGAAUAAAAAUACUGAUUUGGGUAAAAGUCAAGGAUCAAGAGCUCAAUCUUUGCAAAGAUUGCCUUUGGAUGGAUCUACCAAGCUGCUGCUACAUGAAUCUUCUAGUGACUUGCAAUCACUAUUACCAUCAAGCAAGAUUGAAAAAGGAGGGCAUAAGUUUCAUUCAUUAGAUGAUAAUCUAUGGUCAUUACAAAGGGUAAGCACAUCAGUAGUGAAUCAUGACUCUAGACCUCAUCCUACCUCUCCAAGUAAACCAUCUGCACCUUUUUUCAGCAAAGUGAGGCCAUCUGGAACAAAGGCUACAGCAAGUGCUGCCACAGCACAUUUUCCAGGAUCAGUGGCACCUUCUUCACGAAGAUUGUCUUUGGAUGGGGGUACAAACUUUCUACAAAGUUCUUCAAGAGACUUAGGAUCAGACAGAAGCAAGAAAGGAGGCUAUGGGUUUCAUUCAGUGGAUGAUAAUCCAUUGUCAAUACAAAGGGUUUCUGACAGUGCAUCUCGUCUUAUCUCGCAAAGUAAACCAUCUGCACCAUCUUCUGAAUCUCGAGGUGUAAGUCCAUCUCGAACAAAUACUAUAGCAAGUACUACAUCACUUUUUUGGGGAUUAGAAGCACCUUCUUCACGAAGAUCAUCUUUGGAUGGAGGUACUACUAAAUUAAUACAAAAUUCUUCCAGAGAAGUGCUAUCACUUGAGGGUGAGAAACCAGGCUUUGGGUCUCAUUCAAUAGAUUUGCUGCCAAAACAAAGAGAAAAAACAUCAUUGGUGAAUCCUGAAACUAGAUCUCAUCCUACCUCACCAAAUAGAGCAUCUACACUGUCUUCUUCUCUACAUAUAGGAGUAAUCCCAUCUCAAACAAAGACAAUAGUAAGAGGUACAUCGCAAAGAUUGCCUUUUGAUGGAGCUACUAAGACAGUACAAAAUUCUUCUGGUCACAUGCUAUCAACAAUGUCAAAUGAACAUACAGAAGGAGGCUUGGGGCUUCAUUCAGUUGAUGAUAAUUCACCAACAGUUGAAACAAAAAGAACACCAAUAGUGAAACCAUUUGGAUCUCGUCCUACCUCACCAAAGAAAGCACCUGCACUCUCUUCCUCUAUAUCUGGAGUAGUCAAUCCAUCUAAAGCAAAGGUUACAUCACUCUUUUUGGGAUCUAAAGUACCACCAAAUAGAAGACUGUCUUUGGAUGGAGCUACUAUACCAUUACAAAAACCAACCAAUGAUACACUAUCACUAUUAACAUCAGCCGAUAGUGCAAAAGGCAGCUUUGAGUUUCGUUCAGUUGAUGAUAAUUCACUGUCGCUACGAAGGGAAAAAACACCAUUGGUGAAUCCCAUCUCUAAAUCUCGUCCUACUUCACCAAAUAAAGCAUCUGCUUUGUAUUUCUCUCUAUCUAGAGUAAGCCCAUCUCAAGCAAAGGCUACACCAACUGCUCCACCAAGAAGAGCUAGUCCUAUUAAGGUUAGGCCAUCUAGCCCAACAAGACUAACCAAUUCAGGCUUCAGUUUUGUUGCGGAUAUUAGGGAGAAUGAUGCAAGUCAAACAGAAGAUGCUCAUCAGUUAAGAAUAUUACACAACAGACAUUUGCAAUGGCGGUACGCUAAUGCACAAGCAAAUGCUGCAAUACAUGCAGAGGAAGUUAAUACAAAGGAAAUGGCAUACAAUGUGUGGAAAACUACUUCAAAUUUGUGGGGCACUGUGAUUGAGAUAAGAAUUGAACUCGAACAGCUGAGACAAGAGUCGAAGCUAUACUCGGUUUUGAAUAAACAGCUGUCCUGCCUUGACGAAUGGUCUUCAAUUGAAAGGAACCAUAUAGAUUCAGUAUUGCGGGCUAGUCAAGAUAUGAAAGCAUGCGUACUGCGUCUUCCCCUCAUGCCAGGGGCAAGGGGUGAUACUGGAGCUAUAAAGUCAUCUGUUUGUUCAGCAGUUGCUAUGAUUCAGUAUUUGGAAUCAUCACUAUUUUCAAUGCUCUCACAACUGGAGGGUACAAGCAUCCUUGUCUCUAAACUUGCUGGUGUUGUGGCACAAGAGAGACUCCUGCUUGAUGAAUUUGAAUUGCUAAUGGCUCCAACAGCAGAUAUGCAGGUAGAAGAAUUUAGCCUGAGGACCCAUCUUAUGCAGUUGGGUACAAUCUUACAGAAGCACUGAACUAUUGCUUUGAUCUUGGCUUAAAGGGAGCACAAAUUUGUAAA